UACAGAUUUGUAAAAAUGUCUGCCUUGUUUCUCUACUUCCAGAUGAAUUCUAAUAAGACCUGUGCUACUGAAAACGGAACAAACAUUAUAUCAUGUGAUACAUCUACCUGGAGAUUUGAUGAAAUCAUGCAACAGGAGAUCAGGCCCCUGCUGGCUGUGGACAUCAUAGAGCAGCUUCAUCGGCAGUUUGCCUUACUUUCAGGAGGGCGAGGAAAGGACGGUGCCCCCAUCAUCACUUUCCCAGAGUGCUCAGGCUUCAAUGAAGUGCCAGAGGAAGAUUUCCUUAAUGUAGUCACCUAUCUGACCAGCAUACCCAGCUUGGAUGCUGCCAGUAUCGGCUUUAUCAUCAUCAUCGAUCGACGUAAGGAUAAAUGGAGUUCAGUGAAGGCCUCUCUAUCCCGGAUUGCUGGAGCAUUUCCAGGAAACCUCCAGUUGGUGUUGGUGCUGAGACCUUCCAGAUUCUUUCAGAGGACAAUAGCUGAUAUUGGAAUAAAGCUCCACAAGGAUGACUUUAAAAUGAAGAUUGUUAUGCUGAACUCUCUGUCAGAUCUUCAUGGGUAUGUGGAUAAAAGCCAGCUGACCCAGGAGUUUGGAGGAAGUCUUGAGUACUCUCACAGUCAGUGGAUACACCACAGAACUGCCAUAGAAAACUUUGCCUUGACAGUGAAAACUACAGCGCAGAUGCUACAGAGGUUUGGGUCGGAGCUGGCAGAGACGGAGCUUCCCAAUGACGUCCAGAGCACCAAAGACCUGCUCACAGCGCACACUGACAAACACAAUAACCUCAAGGAGGAGCUGAGGCUAGCUUUAAGACAAGGCAGCACCUUGUUUACCUGCAUCAAGGACCAGACAGCCAAAUCGGAGAGCCACAAACUCAAACCUGACGAGAUGGAGAACCAGACAACGGUAGAAAGACUCCUGGCCCAGCUUGAUGAGACAGAGAAUGCUUUCGAACAGUUCUGGUGUAAGCAUCAUCUGAAGCUGGAGCAGUGCCUGCAGCUGCGCCAUUUUGAACAGGAUUUCAGAGAGGUUAAAGUGACUCUGGACACACGGAUGGACUCCCUUAAAAGCCUUUCUGAUGCUGGAGAUUGUGUGGCCAGAGUGGAACAUCUGCUAAAGGAGCUCAAAACACUUGAGGAAAAGGUUCAGCCCACACUAGAAAAGGCCCAGCUCCAUGCCAUGCACGGUGACCAGCUCAUCCAAAGUGACCACUACGCCGUGGACUCCAUCCGGCCAAAGUGUGUGGAGCUCCGGCGGGUCUGCGAUGAUUUCAGCAACGGAGCCAAGAAGAAGUCUGAUGUCUUGUCUAAGUCUUUGCAUGUACACAUGGGUAUUGAGAAGGUUAACCAGUGGUGUGAGUCUGGCAUCUACCUACUGGCUUCCCAAGCUGUGGAUAAGUGUCAGUCACAGGAAGGGGCAGAAUCAGCUUUAACAGACAUUGAAAACUUCUUGGAGUUGGCAGAAAAGAACCACGUGACAGAACUGAGGAACCUCCACAACCAGUAUGAGGUUAUCCUGUCAGAGGAUGUAAAGGGCAGGGUCCUGAAAGCACUCAGGCGACUGGAGGAUGUUCAAGAGAUGUUUGAGAAGCGACGUGUUAGCCUGAAGAGGCUGUCAGCCAAACAGACCAGACCCAUUCAGCCGGUGGCCCCACGGCCUGAGUCGUCUCCUAAACGCCCCGCACCAAAGAACCCUGCCAGGACUCCUGGGGGCCAACAGCCCUUGGCUAGAAAGCUCUCUGAUAACUCAAACAGUGGCAAGCAGCCAGCUGAAGCAGAUCCUAACAAGAAGAAGAACAUACGCAAGACCAAGGGCAUCAAGAUUGAGGUGAUGCAUGAGGAAAGCCAGGGAGGCUCCACCCAUGUUGCUGUAUCAAACGAGAGUGAGGAGAGCCUGUCCAAUAGACGCAGACACAUAAUGACAGAGCUGAUUGAAUCAGAAAGAAUUUAUGUGGAGGAAUUACAGAGCAUCAUGGAGGGCUAUGUUGCUGAGCUGAAUAACUCGGGGCUCUGCCAUCUCAUCCCCCCCACGCUAGAGAAUAAGCAAGAUGUGCUGUUUGGCAACCUGCCAGAAAUAUAUGAUUUUCAUAACAAAACAUUCCUCAUGGAGCUGGAGAACUGUGCAGAGAAUCCAGAACUGGUUGGAACCUGUUUUCUGAAGAGGAAAGAAGAGCUUCAGGUGUAUGAGAAGUACUGCCAGAAUAAACCCCGCUCUGAGGUGGUGUGGCGGCAGUGUGGAGACAGCCUCUUCUUUCAGGAGUGUCAGAAGAAACUGGACCAUAAACUGUCCCUGGAUGCCUACCUGCUGAAGCCUGUACAGAGGAUCACCAAAUACCAGCUUAUGCUUAAGGAAAUGUUAAAAUGCAGUAAGGGAGAGGAGAUGGCUGAGCUGGAGGAGGCCUUAGCUACCAUGCUGGACAUUGUCAAGUCUGUCAAUGACUCCAUGCAUCAAAUAGCCAUCACUGGAUUUGAGGGCAACCUGAGUGAACUGGGGAAGCUGCUGAUGCAGGGAUCCUUUAAUGUGUGGACAGACCAUAAAAAAGGCCAUACCAAGGUGAAGGACCUGGCCAGGUUUAAGCCCAUGCAGAGGCACCUCUUCCUGUAUGAUAAAAUGCUACUGUUCUGUAAGAAACGGGAGGAGAGCACUGAGGGACAUGAGAAGACCCCAUCCUACGGCUUUAAGCACUCGCUAAAGAUGAGCUCGGUGGGGAUAACAGAAAAUGUCAAAGGGGACAACAAAAAGUUUGAGGUGUGGUACAAUGGCAGAGAAGAAGUUUACAUAAUCCAGGCUCCCUCCAUGGAUGUGAAGAAUAUGUGGGUGUCAGAGAUCCGUAAAGUUCUUACAGGCCAGCUAGAAGCAUGCAGAGAGGCCAGCCAGAACAAUAACUAUGGAGUCCCAAUGAGGAAUGUCCGGAGGAUGGGCCUGAGACAGUCAGAUUCAUCUAGUCCAGAGUCAGGAUUCAGGAGAGCUAACCCGAGUCCCAACAUGAGGCAGAAAAAAGCUGAUGCUUCAGCCCACUCAGCUGUUAACGCUCGGAAGCAUUUCACCUUGCAGGGACUUUCCAACAGAAGGUCUCUUCCAGCAGAACCCACAGUAAAAGAGGCAGAGGUCACGCGACGCUUCUCUCUCACUUCCUCUCUUGCCUCCUCUUCCUCUGCCAUGCGACGCACCAAAGGUCCCCUCUCUGCUAGCAUUAAGAGCAAGAGACACGAGAUAAAGAGUGAUCCCACUCCAUUUGGCUAUGAAGAUACGCUAUGUGGUGCAAUGGCUGCACACGGGAAACAGCAAAGCAUGACCAGCAGCAUCGCUGGUGGUACUGGUAGCAAAGCAGCCGUCCCCAGAUCAACCUCACAGCCAGGCUGGACCCAGAGACGUCUCCUCUCCAUGGACACAGAGGACUUUGAGACAAUUCCGUCCAGUGGAGAGGAGUCCUCCAACUCUUCUGAGGAUGAAGUCAACAAUAAAAAUGGUGGCAGCAGCCGGUACCGGGUGCAGCUGACAUAUGCGUCAUGUGAAGCAAAAGACCUCCAGUUUCUGGAGGAAGGAGAAAAUGGAAACUGGCUAAUCAAGAACCUUUUAACAGAGGGGCCAAGGCUGGUCCUUUUCUCUACACUUCAAACACCAUCUAAAGGAGAUAUCUUCAGUGAUCUGUGUACAGCAGCACUCUCUGAGUCUGAAGAAAACAACGUCAGUACUUGGGAAGAUGUAUCUCAGGACUGCAAAUAAAUACCAGUGGACUGUUGUAAUCCAUUUGGCUUUGAUCUCAGACAUUGAUCAGCUUAAUAACUGCAGCCUUCAACAUGUAAUUUAAAAGGAUUGUAACUACUUGUACUUCUUUCUAAUGGACUACAGAUAUGCCUUGCUCUUAUUGUUGUAAUUUUUUUUCGUUUGAUUCACUGAUGUUUGUCAGUGAGACUCUGGCAGGAAGAAGCUGGAACUUUCUCAAGUGCCACUGUUAGAAAACCUACUCCUAUAUUUUAAAAAUCAUUUCUACUAGGGAUGCGCAAUAUAUCAGCACUAACAUCAGUAUCAAUCGAUUAGUAACUUUUUUAAUACAUCGAUUUGAUAAAUAAAACUAGGCCAAUAUUAACAACUGAUAUUUUUUUCUAUAUUGUUGCCAUUUGUUUAUGGACGGGAGAGAAGGAGGUUGGUCGUGUGGUAUUUUUUUGGUCAUGUGAUAGUAAUGUUGAUGCAGCAAACUUCAAACAGAGAAGCACUGGGAAAGUGAGACAUAUAUAGUAUUGGUUAUUAGCCAUAUCAGCAAUAUUGAUAUUGAUAUUGGCCCAAAUGUUCAUAUUGUUGCAUCCCUAAUUUGUACUCCCACUGAGUGGAGCGGCUAUAUACAGUAAACACAUCCCAUAACUUCAGAUUUACAGUCUCUUCAGAAACUAUUCAGAGCCACUUUUUAAAAUUAUUUUCAAUACAGUUAAAAAUGCUGCUGGUAAAAUGUGCUAAAUAUGUGAAAAGAGGAAAUUGACAUUUACUGACAUCAGCAAAUUUUCUUGAAGCUGCUUUCUUCCGCUCCUAAAGCUGUUCUUUAAUAGCUUCUGUAGAAAGAAGGGAAUAACUUCUCCAUAGCCCCUUCACUGCCCUGUCACAAAAACAGGUGUCUCCUGGUAAAUGCUUGAUAUUCUUUAUUGUAUUCUCAGCCUGAGUAUUUAGUGUUUUAGUUUAAUUACAUCAAAAUGUUUUGCCACACAGGUCAAAAUUAUGACUUGAAAAGGACAUGUGGACCCCCAAAAAUGAAAAAAAAAUCCAGAAAUGUGACUUUUAUUUUUACCCAACCAGCAAACUAAAAAUUUUAUGUUUUAAUGAAUUGAAUUAAAACAUUUGUAGAAAAUGUAUCUAUAAAUCAGUAUAAUUCUGAUUUAUAGAUACAUAAAUCAGUGUAAAUCUGAGACAUAAAUGGGGUUCUUGCUCCACUGAUCUGCCUGACUCAACCCUCUGCAUUAUCUAGAACAAAACAACAAAAAAAACACAAAAUGUCUCCUUUGUGGCUGCAUUGCCUCAUUAUACAAUACACAUGUGAAAACAAAACUCUUAAGAGAUCUGAAUAUUUUCUGAGGAGACUGUUCUGACUUGCCUUUGUGCACAUCUGUAAGAAAUUAAUAGCUGCAGAAUUACUUCAAAAUACUUAAAUUACUUUAACAGCUCUUAAUAUAAAAUAUCUUUACUUGGUUUUACAUAAGUGGAAAUCCUGAAAAAAGAUGUUGAUGAUACAAAAUUAUAACUAAUGAUUUUUAUGUCACUCAGGGGCAUAAUGGCAAUUUUUGCAGAGUUAGUUUGUUGGGGCUUGUUUACUGUGUUUUAGUUGACUUCAGAGCUGGUUAUGUUUUUUGUUUGAGCAGAUAGAAAUGCUAAAGGGGUUCAUCUGCAUACUGAUAGAUCAGCUUCAUGAAGAGGGGUUCUGCUCCAACCAGAGUUAGCUCUUAUGAGCCUAAAAGUGGAACAAGGCCGUGAUGCCAAUAGCACAGUAUGCAGAGUCACAUGCAACCUUGAGUAAAUGACCAUCUUGGGCUUGGACUGAUUGGUGCAACAUAAACACAUUUCUUCUGUCAGGGGUUCUUGCAUCUUGGAAAGUCUAAUUCACAACAAAUUCUUUUUAUCAGCUAAAGAUGGUUAAAUCACUUCCUGGCAGAAAAAACCAUCAAAUCUGAUGUGUUUUACAUUUUCUUCUUUGUACAUCAUCAUGGAAAGUAUGAGGAAGAAACCAGAUGUCUUUUGAAGGAAAUGAUCAUUUCGGUGUUCAGAAACCGAUUUGUCUCUGCAACAUGUUAUGCUUCAUGGCCCAGAGAAAAGCUCACACUCAUUUCUACAUAAUGAGAUUCUGUUCAAAACAUUUCACACUUUGAGUUGCUGUUUUUGACUUUACACCUGCAGACAGGACACACUCAAAUAUUGUUUCUAAUAUUUGUUAUUGGGCUGCACAGUGACAGGAAAAUAAAUGCUUAGUGGUUAUAUUCAGAAAACUGUUUGACACCGUUUCUUAUGUAUAAUUAACUUGUUCUGACACAUUUCUGUUUGUUACAUUUCAGGGUCAGCAGCAGAAGGACUUGUUUAUUCAGCUCACUUUCACAUACUGUUUAAAUUUCCAUCACAAUAUUUUUAAGACCAAGAGUGAAAGCUAAAUAUUUUACUACAGUAGUUGCGUUUCAAAAUUUAGUGCUGGUCCCCAAUCUGUGAAAGCUGCCAUUUUAAAUCAGGGACACUGUAAACUAUUCUAACUAUAAUCUAAAGUACACUGAAUAAAAAGUUCUGACUAUUAAACAAUAUGCCCUAAAGACUUUGAGAACUAAUCUUCAGUAAACAGCGUAUGUUUCAUGAUGUAGAUAAAACAUUUGUCUUCAACUGAUAUUGAAUCUAUUUUAUCUUUUACUGCUGUGUCUAUAUACACUUGUUCCCCUCUGUUGAACAUGCAUCUUUGAACAUUUGUAUUUUGAUGACAUCACUUUGAGAACCUUGAUAUAUAGCUUCCCGGUUUCACUCCCAGAUGGAUUAUAUCUUGUUUAAAUUACCCUGGCUACAAGCUGUAAUGUGUUUGAAAUGAAAGAAUACAUCAGAGUUUAUCACAGGUUGUCAGAUAACUGGACACAUACCAUAGGGAAAGAUAUUACUGUGCUACAGUGUAAUAUAGAGUGAACCCCUUAAUGAGUAUAUUAAUGAAUGAUUUGUUUAUAAGAAUUGAUCCAUGAGUGUAAUUUGCAUUGAUCCACAUAUUUUGUUUGACCAGAAUUAAUUGGAAAAUGCUGUAUCUUUCUUUAGGAAAUAAUUCUGUUAUACUGCAUCAUGGACAAUGCUAUAAUCUUUUCAACUCUAGAAUGUAUAUUGUAUCUGUUAUUAUAUUGUACAUAUUGCUCACAAUGAUGAAAUACCUUAACAAUAUGAAAAUUGUUGCCUUGUUUCUUUUGGACUUCUCUUUUUUUUCUCUAUUCUAUAGGGUGCCUGAUAGGUGAAAAUGUGAUGCAAAAUCCAAAACAAAAAGAAAAGAACUGCAAUCACAGAAUAUAGGAGCAAAAACCUCCAAUCAACAAAACAAAUGCAAACAAAAAUUGUUGCAACCACUGGAAAUAGAAGCAAAAUGAAAAUGCUGCAAUUGGCAAGUAUGAAAUGCUGAAAGAUUUUUUCAUAAAAUGGAACUUCUAGACCAGUAGGGGGAGUAUGGAGCAGGUAUUUUGCUAUUUGCAGCAUUUUCCAUUUUGCUUCCAUUUCCUGUGGAUGCAGUAUUUUUCUGUGUGCAUUUGAAUUGCAUUCUUUCUCCACGUCUCCAGGCAGGCAGCCUGUAACAUCAUCAACACUAGUUUUACAUGAUAGAAUAAUCAGAGCUUGCCCAAUAUCCACACAUUCUUGUAAACCUCUUAAUUUUUCUUAGAUUUGUGGUACAUGCUAGUCUGUAACCUAUGCUUUCUAUUCAUUACACCCAGGCAAAAUAUUAAAAGUUUGCUCAGAGUACAAUAUAAUAAUUAUAUUGGCAGCUGUCUUUGUAUGUGUUUUUAGUUUAACAUGUAAGUUUGAUCUUAAAGGGGCCGUAUUAUGAAUUUUCCAGGCACAUCAUUCUAUUUUAUAGCACAAUAAAGUAAUUAUGUUACCUUCAGUUAGUAUA